AUGUCUUCAACAAACUAUCCUUCUAAAUCCAACGAUUUCUCAGUCGUAGAAUACUCCCAUAAGAAAUUUGCUAAGCAUACAAACAAGCGCAAGCAAAUAGAAAUGGAAGAUAAGAAAAACGAAAUCAGUGCUCAAACUAUAUUGGAAAUGGCAAACAAUAAAACGGAACAACCUUUAAGCAAAAGAAAACAAACUAAAGCUUUAUUUAGACCCUGGUUGGAUGAGGGAGUUAAGGAAAAAACUAACACAACAGCUAAAGUUUUGAACCCAAAGGCCCCUAAACUUUAUAACAGACCUCAACAAAGCAAAUGGAAUCACCAACAAUUGGCUCAACUUAUACAUCAAUACAAUCAACAGGCUCAACAGUAUUUAUUGCAGCAGCAACAAUACUACGCCUACUAUCAACAGCAACAGGUUGCCGCCAGACUGCAACAUGCUGCAUAUCUGCAGCAACUACAACAAAUGGCCUCACAGCAGCAACAGCGACAAUUAUUUGUGUUUGGUCAACAAUAA